AUGCACGAUACUCAACGCGACAUGAGCCGUGUUGCCGUCGCAGCCCUGGUUGACGCCAGCCCUAGUAAGCUCGGCGCCGAGGAUAAGGCGGCCGUUGGGCUCGGGCUCCAAUUCCGCGCCAUCGCGCCGUGUCCAUUCGAGUCAAAGGGAUCGGCGCUGCUGGCCAACGGCGCAAUGCCAGACGGCCCAGGGUGGAACGGCACUUGCCCCUCUGGUGCCGACCUCGCCGCUCGGAGCUCGGUCGACAAUCAACUCGGGCUGUGGUGA